CGCGCGCACAUGAACGACGUGUAAGAGAGAAGUAGACGACUUAAACCGAGAGAUUUCGCUUCGACCUUCCGAAUUAAAUUGGGUCUAAAACGACCGACUGGAGCGUCCCCGCAAAUAUGGACAGAUGACCUAGCCCUCGGCAUGGUGGAAGUGGACGUGCAGCUGGAGCAGGUGGGUUCCAUGCCUCUUAAAUGCAGUAUUUGGCCCAACUUCAUCUUCCUGCUGGUCUUGGCUACUGGAGCACCUGUUGGCAGCAAAGGAGCGGAUGAGAAAAUAUGCUCUAUACACUCGAGCAAGGAAGUCCACAUGGGCUCCAGCUUCCAGGUCUACUGUAUCUUCAAGAAGGAGUGCAAAACUUUGAUUUUCCGAGAUAAUGUGCCCUUACAGUGCACAAGCUGCAAUACAACCCAUGUGAGCCUGAGCAUUGUGAAUGUUACACGGGCCACCACCCUCGCCUGCAGAUGUGAAGGCAAUCCAGAGCCCUGUGGGACUGACAUCACUCCGGGGUAUCCGCCUGAGAUUCCACAGAACCUCAUUUGUGUUCAAGAAGGAGAACUCGGAAAUGUGAAGUGCACAUGGAAAGCGGGACGGGAAACCUACAUCCCGACCACAUCACGCCUGUGGGUGGGUGGAGACCCUGUUGAUUAUGAAAGCGGUACACUCCCUGAUGGGACCCUUUCAGCCAGUUUUCCCAUUCCAGGUGCACAGACUAACUUCUCAGUGUUGGUCAAUGCCAGCAACAGCCUGGGCUCUGCAACUUCAGGUGUCCUCAGCUUCAUGCUCAACGACAUAGUGAAGCCUUUGAGCCCAAAUAUCAAGAAAGUGGAGUGCACCUCAAGACAGUGCCAGCUUUACCCAGACAAUGCACAAAGCAUUCAGCUCGUAGAGAUCCAGUACAGAGCGGACGAGGGGAGCUGGAACACCGUGUCAUUCAAUCACACAAGUUCAAACACAAGCUGGACCAUAACUUCACUGAAUCCGUACAGCCUGUACACGUUUCAAGUCAGAUGGAAACUUGGCCCGACCAGAGGAGUGUGGAGUGCGUGGAGCAGGGCUGAGAAAUUGACUGAUGAAGAAGCUCCUGCAGCUAUGGUUGAUGCUUGGUAUAUUGAAGAAACCACAGAAAAAGUCAAAAAGAAUAUCCACCUAUUUUGGAAGGAGCUGAGCAAAUCAGACGCCAGAGGAAAUAUUCUGGGGUAUAAUGUGAGUGUGGUGGACCAGGGGAAGAAAAUCUGCAACACUUUUAUUACACCCCCAGACAGAAGUUACAGAGUGCCCUGUUCUGUGUGUAAUGUAACCAUCUCUGCCGUCAACUCAAAGGGCCAGUCUUCUGCCAGACUCAUUCAGCUGCAGCCAAUAGUCUCUGCAGAUAAUUUUUCAUCUAUCAAACGCAUUGAUAAUCACAGCAUCGCCCUCUCCUGGACAAGUGAAGGCACAGUGAAAGAGUACCUGGUGGAGUGGUAUCCUGCUGGAUGUAAACAGCAGCUUCAGUGGAUCAGAGUGGAGCACCACCUAAACACUAUCCACAUUACUGGUUUACAGCCUGCUGAAUGCUAUGACGGUGCAGUAAUUUAUUUUCGCCCAUCUGGGACAAGUAAAGCUGUCUUCAGCAAUAUUGCCACAUGGCCAUCAGCUCCACAACAGGGCCCUAAUUGUGACACCAUGGUGAAAUAUGAAAGAGUGGAAGUCACAUGGCAGGAAGUUCCUUCAGAAAAGAGAGGAGGCUGUCUUAUCAGACAGUACAGGAUCUACCUGCAGGAGCCAGGAGGCAAAAUUAAAAAUUACAAUGUUAGUCACCCCCAGAGACAGUAUACUAUUAAGGGCCUGGCCCAGGGACAACCAUACAAGCUCUGGAUCUCAGCCGUUACUACAGCAGAAGGACCCAAAGGAUUUGAGUGCCACUUUGUAACACAUCAAGGAGUGCCACCAGCUGAGAAACCUCUGGCUCUGGUAUUGUCAAUUGGCAGUGCAAUUUUCCUGACCUGUCUUUUUCUCCUGUGCAUCUGUCAGUUCUCCUCAGUACACAGAAGAUUGUCCCGCUGUUGUCACUGCCUAAUGCCAAGCAUUGUUCCAGAUCCUGCAAACAGCAAAUGGGCAAAAGAGUGUGCAAAUGAGAAGGGUGAGAUGAAACUGCAGUUGUACCUCAGUGACUCCAGUAUGAGUGAAGAGGAGCCAGAUACCGUGGAGGUGCAGGAACUUCCCCAGGAGAAGUUGCUCCAAGGAGAAACUGUCCCCAUAGAUGGAGCAUGUCCAUCAGUCAGCAACUUCGAAGUUCAGGCCCAGGAGCACCACAUCCCUUCAUCACCCUACCAGCCCAUCACCACCAGCUCUUACCUCAAAAGCUUGUCUAACUCUUCAGACACUACUCAGGCCUCCAGGAACACAGACAUUACUGUAGACUACAUUUCUACUCAUGGAGUAUUGAGUGGAGAAGAAGAUGAUGAAGAGGAGGAAAUGGACAUGAUGGGCUUCUUUCCCUGCCCAACAAGCCCUUUCCUGGACCCUCUGAUGCCCACUGGAGGAAAACUGACUCUAGAUAUAGUCAAAAUAGACUGCAGCGAUUUAAACCUCUGCAUCCAGUGAAAUUGAACUGUGCUGCGUGUAUUUAUACUGAGUGCUACGUGUAUUUAUACUGUUGUUUACUUUACUCUCAGACAUUUACAGUUGAGGUCCACUUCUGGCAGCCACAUUUUAAAAUAAGUCACUCAACACUGUAACACUAACAAAAAGACACUUCACCAAAGCAGUUCAGUUCAGUAAGAAACUACAUUACUAGGCAAAUCAUGUAGCAUCAGAAGCAAAAGUACUGGUAAAUGAUGUAAAAUAGGUUAGUUUUGGUAAACAUUCCUUGAAUUUGUACUCCAGAUCAAAAGUGAAGAAUGGGAAUGCCAGCAUUUAUAUUGCCCAUUUUCCACAAUGUACCAGCCAUAAGCUGGGGGGACCAGAUUGGUAUAACUUGCUUACACUGCCAGUAGUUUCUUUUCCAAAAUAUUCCAUACUGGUGUUUUUGGAAUACCCAGAUUUUUUGCAGUGAUUUGCACUGGAAUUUGCUUAAUCUCAUGUUCUGAGCCUUUCUAGUUUUCAUCUUGUUUUGCACUUUUCACAUCAAAACAAGACCCUAAUGCCAAGUCCAAAGGCUACAACUAACCUUUACACAUUUAAUAUCCCUCAUGUGCUUGCAGUGACAAGAACAUGAAGCAUGAAUAUAAAACCAAAGUAAUCAAUUUUGCCUCAUUGCUCCAGUAGUUUUGCUUCGCUGUAUGUGGUUAUGAAUAUCUGUUAGAAGACCUUACUGCACCAGCUCAGUCUAAUCUACCCAGUGAAGACCUGUUACCACAGAGCUUUAACGUUUUUUUCUGGCUUGUAAAAUGAGACCAUAAUGUACCUCAGUUGAGUAGUGUGUUGUAAAUACAGCUGUACAUAUUGACAAACACUCAAGGAUUUUGUAUUUGACCCUCAUCAAUUUUCAGUUUCUUAAUGGAAUAAUGAAGUGAGAAACAUUGGUGGUACAUUUCCAUUUUAAGUACACAAACAUUUUAAGUGACUAAAGUCCACACACAACCACUCAAUAUGAAUAGACCAUCUUUUAAUUAUGGACAGAGGUCUGAGUAAUAGCAGGGUUAGAAUUCACACAUUUUCAUAACACUCAGUUGUUCCACACUGAACAACUGGUAUUUCUUUCAGGUCAACUAUGCAGUAGUGCUGUUUCCAAGAAGCUACGGGGCAGAAAGAAAAUGAAAAAUUGAAUCUAAAACAGGACUGAUGCACUAAAAUAAUUUGAACUUAUUCAUACUGGUAUCAGUAAACAGGAGUGCACAAUGUAAACCUGACAUUUUUAAAAACCUAAAGGCUGUGACAAAAGAAUGCAUUACUGUCCUCAGAGUAACCUGCCACUGAUGUCAAUGUACACUGACUCUUACAAUGGCCAUUCAACAAGUGUGACAUUCGGGAUAUAUGAAAACAUUUCUCAGAGGAUUAUCAAUAGCUAUGAUGAAGGUAGAAGAAUCAAAGAUUUUGGCAUCAAGCUACAAGUCAAAUCACUUGUUACUUCAUUCAAGACUUCAGAUUUGUAACUGUUAAAGGCUUAUUGUGUAAUCAUCGAGAACUUUAACGCAAAUCUUGCUCUAAAAUG